AUGCGGUUUGCAUGCCCUUUCGUUAUUGGCUCUAAAGAGGCGAGGGUUUCACUUGAAUCUGAGAUUUUUCCGUACCAGCGAUUCUUAACUAUCAUCUUACACACCACCACCACCCGCUGCCAACAGCUCCACUACUUUGAGAAAGGCGAACCAAUGGCUUUCCUACCCGUCCCCCAGCUACUGCCUGGAUUGACGCGCCAGACUCGAUCCCGAGCCAUGAUGUGCGCGACAUCGCCAGAUAAGGAAGCUUCAAAGGACGAGUCCUCAGAGGUACAACCCACCAAAAGUGACAAUACCUCUGCGCCAGCGGCAGCUGGCAAAGACUAUUCACCAGAAGAAAUCGCGAAGAUGAAAAGGAUCCGAAUGUUGAGGUUCACUAAUCGAAGAUACUCCUAGGGCGUCUAAGAUCCCGGAGCAGGUUUCGACGCGUUUGUGCUCAUUCCAUAUUGCAGACCAAGAACUGCGGAGUAGAUGCAAAUGACCCGUCAAAGCUGAAACCCGCUAUAGAAACGAGUAAACGUUCUCCACAGUGCUUACAUGUCGAUUUGCUGUGCUUA